ACGAAACAUGGAUUAUGGGCGAAGUGCCGCAUCUAGCAGUGAGAAGAAUUGAACAAAUGCUACCAAAAAGAAGAAGAAGAGUUAAUGACAGUGGAAACAUCUACUUCUGCCGCUAUUGCAAUCAGAUGUUUGGAAAGAAAUUUAAAAAAACAAUUCACGAAAAAACGUGCAGUCGAAAUGAUAAUUUGGAACAAAGCUUGUUGCACUCUCUAUAUUUUUGCGAUCAGUGUGGCAGUAAUUUUAAACAAAUUAAAAGUUUGAACAGACACAGAUUUUAUGAUUGUGGCAUAAUACACAAGUGCGAAAAGUGUAAUAAAAUUUUUGGAACCCAACGUAACUUGAAGUGUCAUAUUCAGAAAUGUUAUAAUACAGUAGUUGAGAAUGGUUAAUGUGGCAUAAAUAAUAUAGAAAUUAUUAUUUCGAGGGAAAUGUUUGUGACAUGCUCAUAAGAAAAGUAGAAAGAAAACAUAUUACAGCAUCGAAACUUUUUUGAAAAUUUAUUAAAGAUUUAGUUGCAAACUUCGGAGCAAGUUAAUUUUUAAGAAAGUUUCGCUGCUGUGUGGGAGGUUAUGUUUGUAUUAGAUUUUUGUUGUUUAAAAGUUCCUUUUUAAUUAUUUAAAUUUGAAAUUAGUUCUUACAUAAUAUUUUAGAUGUAACGAAAACUGGAAGUUCAAUCAUUUUUAAUAAUAAUUGAUUCUCUUUUCGUAUUUUUACUUCAAAAAUUAUAAACAUAACCUAAAAUUUUUCAUUUUUUAGGUACGUUUCUCGGGAGCGUGUCAUACAUUAUAUUUAAGAAAAUUUCACACUUUCGACAAUAUUUUGUCAAAAAAAAUCUUUUAAUAAAUAUAAAUUAUUAAAUGAAA